AUGAACCUCGUACGACGGAUCGACGAAGCUACAGACGGGAGAGUGCGAAGGACUAGUAUAUGGUGGAUGCCAGCUGAAUUAGUGAAAGACAAACUUUCAUCAGAUACCACCACGCUUGAGGGAUCGUCAGAUGAUAGGAAACCGCCCGUUAUGCGGAUGCUCACGCGGGCGCUUCUGAUGGAGUACGCACCUCUCGCGAGAAAUUCGACUAGGAAGGUGAAACCAUUUCACUUGGUGCCUUCCGAAUGGCGGAUGCGUUCGAGUGCCGAUAUCUCUAAAGUGGAGCUACCGGAGAGAUUGACUGAUUUGGUAUUCAAGUAUCUGCGAAGGAAGGUUGUGAAGAGUCUCAAGGAGGCUUAUCGGUAUGAGCAAAUAAAGAGUGAAAGGGCUGAUCAAUGGCGAAUUUUGGAUGUAUCAAAUCUGUCAUUAUCUGCUGUGGUUGAAGGGUUGCGAAAUCUUGAGAUGGAGAAUAUGAGGACGGGGGCUGUGAUUAUUGUAGGGGAUUCGGAAGCAAAUGACCCCUUUGACUCGAAAUUUCCGGAUUAUCUCACUCUGCCUCAGACACAAUCCACCGUGCCAGUAAUUGACCUAAGCACCCUCUUGUCGGCUUCGGAUCGUCAGGUACUUCGAGAAGCGAUUCCUCGGUUUGCCGAGAAAGCAUUGUUUUUCCGCGCGGAUGGGCCAAAGUCGGUGGAUGCGAUGCUGGCGAUGUGGGAGCUGAAGGGUUACGUUAUGCAUGAUAGUGAACACGUCCGGGAUUUGAGAGCCGGAUCAAGCGUUAUAAAAGAGCCCUCUCCCACCUCAUCGUGA